GGCUGGGUAAUGGCAACCCUGUGAGGAGGGUCUGGGAGAUCAAUCUGCGCGCGAGAUACACAAGGUGCGGCGAGGGCGUGGGAACGCGACGCUGACCCAGGCCUCCGCUUGUUGCCAGAUUCAUUUACUUCCCCACAAUGUCCUUGAAACCACGAGUAGUUGAUUUUGAUGAAACAUGGAACAAGCUUCUCACAACUAUUAAAGCUGUUGUUAUGCUGGAUUAUGUUGAAAGAGCAACAUGGAAUGAUCGCUUCUCGGACAUAUACGCUCUGUGUGUGGCCUAUCCCGAACCUCUUGGAGAGAGACUUUAUAUGGAAACUAAAUUUUUUUUGGAAAAUCAUGUACGCCAUUUGCACAAGAAAGUCUUGGACUCUGAAGAAAAAAUAUUGGUAAUGUAUCAUAGAAACUGGGAUGAAUACAGUAAAGGGGCAGAUUAUAUGGACUGUUUAUACAGAUACCUCAAUACACAGUUUAUUAAAAAGAACAAAUUGACUGAAGCUGAUCUUCAAUAUGGUUACGGAGGUGUGGAUAUGAGUGAACCAUUGAUGGAGAUUGGAGAACUGGCCCUUGAUAUGUGGAAGAGAUUAAUGAUUGAGCCCCUGCAGGCUGUCCUCAUUCGAAUGUUGCUUCGUGAAAUUAAAAAUGAUCGUUGUGGAGAAGAUCCAAAUCAGAAAGUAAUCCAUGGGGUUAUUAACUCCUUUGUUCAUGUUGAACAGUAUAAGAAAAAAAUGCCUCUGAAGUUUUACCAGGAAAUUUUCGAGAGUCCUUUUCUGAAUGAAACAGGGGAAUAUUAUAAACAAGAAGCUUCAAAUUUAAUGCAAGAAUCAAACUGUUCACAGUAUAUGGGAAAGGUUUUAUGUAGACUAAAAAAUGAAGAAAUGAGAUGUCGAAAAUAUCUACACCCCAGUUCCUACAGCAAAGUAAUCAAUGAAUGCCAACAACGAAUGGUAGCAGACCAUUUACAAUUUCUUCAUGCAGAAUGUCAUAACAUCAUCAGACAAGAGAAGAUAAAUGAUAUGGCAAACAUGUACACACUGCUUCAUGCCGUGCCAAGUGGCUUACCUCAUAUGAUUCAGGAACUGCAAAACCAUAUCCAUGAUGAGGGCCUUAGAUCAACCAGCAAUCUUUCUCAGGAAAAUAUGCCCACUCAAUUUGUAGAAUCAGUGUUGGAGGUACACAGUAAAUUUGUUCAGCUCAUUAAUACUGUUUUGAAUGGUGACCAGAGAUUUAUGAGUGCCCUUGACAAGGCUUUAACAUCAGUAGUGAACUAUAGGGAACCAAAGUCUAUUUGCAAAGCUCCUGAGCUGCUGGCCAAAUAUUGUGACAAUUUGCUAAAAAAAUCAGCAAAAGGCAUGACAGAAAAUGAAGUGGAAGACAAACUUGCAAGCUUUAUUACAGUUUUCAAGUACAUUGAUGACAAAGAUGUUUUUCAAAAGUUCUAUGCCAGAAUGUUGGCAAAACGGCUUAUACAUGGUUUAUCAAUGUCCAUGGACUCUGAAGAAGCUAUGAUUAACAAAUUAAAG